ACUGUGAGGCGCGAGGCCUUGAGAACCGGGAGGUGCCCCAUGCGGGGGGAGGGAGCACACAGCAGCGGCUUUGGCCAACGGGGCAGCAGACUCGGCUGGGGGAAGGGGAGAGGUGACGGUUCCCUGUGCUCCUGCCCAGGCCAGCGGGAAAACUGGUGUUGGAGGGGACCCUGGAGGGCUGAUUCCUCUCCUGUUCCUUCUGCUCCCCACUCUGUCUCUUGCUGAUGAAACUGGAGAUGCCAGGGGCAGGGGUGUGUGUGAAACCCCAGCUUCUGGGUCAGAGGCUAACCUGAAAGGCAGACUUGGAGACCUGGGCGGGGGGCUGAGCCACUGCGGGGGAUUAAACUGAGGGGCCUGCAGCCAGCAUUGAGUGUGCUCUCUAAUGGAGUGGUUGGGGGCCCACCAUACCCUCAGCCCCAGGCCCCCGCCGCCAUUGCCGGCCACCACAUCACCUGAACUGUGCCAGCCACAGCCACCUGGGCUCUCCCUCUUCUCCCCCUCCAAGGCAGAGCAAUAAAAAAAUCUUCCAGCUGUAGCUGGAGGCUAUAAAAGCUGAGCCCUACCCAAUACCUUUCACUGCCCAGGCCAGAGCCUCAGCCCCGGCGGCUGGGGAGGGCGUGGGGAUGGGAGCGCCCCUCUCCAGGGUCCCCCAGCAUGGACACAAGAUGCCAGCCAGCGGGCAGGAGACUGGGGGAGUCACAGCUUGGCCUGAGGCUCAUUUUCCAGGACAAAGGGCUUCCAUAGAGGCGGGACCCCUGCCCCCUGAUAGGCCACCUUGUUUUAGAUUUUCCAGGAACCGAACACACUCAUCAAAAUUCCCCUGCAACUCAGGUCACAACUGGUGCUGUCCUCUCAGCAUCCCUCUCUCCACCACACACGGCUCUGCCCCUGCCUGCAACUGCAGACCUGGCUGGGGCCUGCUGGGUAAGGAGGAGCACCAAGUCUUCCAUCGGUGACAGCCCCCGGCCACCACAGGUCCACCUACUCUUCUGUCUACUCCUCUAUGGCCCUGGGAGAAAUCCGCAGCGCCCCCCCCCCCCCCCCGGCUAUGGCAAUCUGCCUGGGUCCAGACUCUGACCCCUCUUUCCGCCAGCUCCCACUAUCUAUGUGGGGAAGAGAAAGUGGUGGUGGCUUCCCUAGUGGUCUCACCUCUGCAGGCCCUCACCCACCUGGCCUCUUUGUACCCAGGUGGGUAUGGGGGCAGGAGAGCUGGAGAAUCCCCUUUGAAUACCUAAAACUCAAGUGUUUCCCACCAGGCUGGGUCACUCACACCUUCAGGCACUUUAUAAAGCUCAGCACCUCCCCUCUCCCUCACCUCCUUGGGGACCAAUGUCCACCUCCUUGUCCCCUCCACAAGACACACACACCGGGCAGAGGCUCACCUGGCAACCCCACAGCCCCAAUCUGGGUCCACGCCUGGAGGCCGCUCAGCCUCCCUGGGGUCCCUCCCCAACCGAAUCCUCCUGCUCCAAGGGUGCCCCCCUUCCGGAGCAAAGCGGACAGUGUCUCUUUUUCUCCGGACUGUUGGCUCUGCCCGGGAAGGUGCCACAGAGCAGAGACAUGGUUCAGGGACUCCCAAGGUGUCAGCGCUGAGAGGCCUCCAGGUACCUCAGGGCUCCGCCCACAGGCGACAAACCAGACCCUUAGCGGGAUCCCCGAGAACCCAAGACCUCCCACCCCUAGCCCAAGACGUUGUCCACUAGAGUACGGGGAAAUGACUCCAAGAGGCGCGGCGGCGCGAGUAACGCGCAUUCGUGGGGGGAAGGCGGGCGGCGCCUGGAGACCCUGGGAGCACCAAGGAGCAAGUGGGAAGAGGGUCUCCUCCGGGAGCGCCCACAGCCAAGCCUGGACGCACGGGGGAGGGGUGGAGUUCGCCGGGGCGGAUGGAGGGGCCAGAGCAAAGCUGUGGCGAGAAGAGGCUAGCGCGACCCUGGGUGACUCACAAGAACGCUGCACCUACCGAAGCUCGCCAGCUUUGGCUUCGUGUUGACUUAAUGCCCUUCCCAACGCUUCUUCUAGGCACGCUGAUGACGCAGCCUGGCUCCCCGAGCGUGCUGUGAUGCCUAAGGAGUCUGGCUGGCUGGAUGCACAGCUUCUAACCAGUCACCCUCUUGGGGCACCCGCCCUCCAGAAAGAGCGCCUAGGUGGAAUCGUUGUGUUGUGUGUGUAGACAACACCUUCGCUUCCAGUGGUGACAAAACCGAUGAACGCUCUGGUUUCCUGCCCUGGCUGUCCAGAGCCACUGAAGUUACCAGCAGUGGUGACCGCGUUGAUGGCUUCGAACACCUCACCUGUUCCAACCCCUUCCGUGAUGGCGGUCGCUCUGCCUAACUCCCGGAGGCACAAGUGCCUGUCAUAUCGGUGCUGGAGUGCACGAAUUCGUCAGUGCAGGCGGAAUCACCCCAGGAACAAGUCACUUUCCUGUCGUCUUGCCGGGCCCCUGGCUGCCCCUCGGCGCGUUCCUGGCUCUUGUGGCAGAAGAAAGUUAGCACGUGGUUUAGAAGCCGGAGCAGCGCUGCACAAGCGGAUGAAACACUCUCUCCCUCCUGGCCGCCUCCUGCUUCCUCACCUCUGAGAGCUGGGGCCCCACCUCUGGGAACUGGCCCUGUGGAGAGCCAGGGACACCCAGCAAUGCCAAGUUUCCACUCUUGGUGCUGAACCUCCUGAGUGUUGACACAUGGCAUGGUGCAGGAUGGUGUCGUGGUCUUGAAAAGCCUCCUGUUUAUUCCACUUGUGGAAAGUGCAUAUCACACUCUCAGUAAAGCCUGAAUAUGCAUUUC